AUGGUCCGGGCGUCCUUCACUGAAUCCUACGCCGCCGCCGCCGCAGCCUGGCGGGGUCCUGCCGUCCACUGCCGCAGCCGCCCUGCCGCCGCAGCCGCUUACCUCCACCCGCACCCCUACCUCCACAAGCCAGAGGCGCACUUCCUUUUUCCCGGCGCAGGUCUAGGUUUUGGCAGUCUGUUCGGUGGGAGUGAGGGAGCGUUGAAAGCGUGUCGACGGAGGAAGCGCACCGUGUUCAGCGACCACCAGCUGGGCGGACUGGAGAAGAGGUUCGCGGCGCAGCGUUACCUGUCCACACCUGAGAGGGUAGAACUAGCGACCUCCCUCAACCUCUCUGAGACCCAGGUGAAGACGUGGUUCCAGAACAGGCGUAUGAAGCACAAGAAGCAGCUGCGUAAACACACGGACGACAAGACGCCAGCAAGCAACAGCAGCAGUAGUAGUAUGGACGGCGACACACAGCAGCAACAACAGCAGCAGCAGGCAGCAGGAGGAGGUAGUGGAACAGCAGGAGUAGGGGCCGUCCAGAUGACUCCAGGGUCACCCCUUGAUGUUGCGGUGUCGCCGUGCACUACCACCGCCCGUGACAGCGACAUAUCUCACUCGGACUACGAAGACGAGAUCGACAUCGUGGGUGUGCCUCCAGAGCUUCGCCACGCCCAUCCUACACAGACACACCCACAGACUGCUCACUAAGCGCAAUGAGAUGUCCGCCCACCAAUGCUUUUUACGUCUUUCAUCCCCAAUGUCUGGCACCUCCUACGCCCAAAACUCCUACGUCUGGCACCUCCUACACUCAAAACUCCUACGUCUGGCACCUCCCUACACCCAAACUCCUACGUCUGGCACCUCCUACACCCAAAACUCCUACGUCUGGCACCUCCUACCCCCAAAACUCCUACGUCUGGCACCUCCUACACCCAAAACUCCUACGUC